UGUGACUAAAACACGCUUUGUCUAGAACGGAACGUAACGAUAUAGUUCGCGUCUUCCACGAUAACGUACAGAUUUGUCAAAUCUAACCUUUAACAACAUCAAAAUACGAUUCAAGACACGCGUCUUCGUGAAUGACAAGUUCUAUGGCUUGUGCUAUUGACCUCAUUUAAUUUAGUUUAGUCCUUUGCUUACUCACAAAAUUCCAACCUUUUUACUUUUGAUUUAAAGCUUACUUUUUAACAAAAAUUUACUUGAAACUUAGGUUUGUCUUUGAUUAAUUUUGAUUAUAUGUGUUAUUUUAUCUGUGAAUAAAUAAAUAUGGCACCGAAGCAAAAGUUCGCUGAAGGUGAGAAAGUAUUGUGUUUUCACGGCCCUCUAAUUUACGAAGCAAAAUGUCUGAAAAGCAGCGUUACUAAGGAUAAACACGUCCGUUACCUAAUACAUUACGCAGGAUGGAACAAGAACUGGGAUGAGUGGGUUCCGGAAAGCCGUGUAUUGAAGUAUAACGAGGCCAAUGUGCAGCGGCAGAAGGAAGUGCAGCGGGCGCAUUCAGCCCAGCCCGCAAAGACCAAGAAAACUCCAGCAAAGGGUCGCAAAUCUGAAUCAGCUGCAACUGCAACACCUGGGAAAGAGGAGGCAGCCACACCUGCUGCCGCCAGCAAGGGGCGCAAGUCGGAGGCGGCGCGCGACGAGUCCCGCGCGUCCACGCCGGCCGGUAAAGACGCGGAGACCCCGGCGGCGGGCAAGGCCAGCAAGACCUCCAGCAAGGACGCGCCUGCGGACUCUGGCUCCGACCAGCCCAAGAAAAAACGCGGCCGCCUGGACCUAUCCAUUGAAUCCGAAGAACAAUACCUAGCCAAAGUAGAAGUGAAGAUCAAAAUCCCCGAAGAACUGAAAGUCUGGCUAGUCGACGACUGGGAUGUCAUUACAAGACAACAGAAAUUAGCCAUCCUCCCGGCCAAACUCACCGUUGAACAAAUAGUCGACAACUAUCUAGCAUUCAAGAAAUCCAGCAAAACUCAUAAUCAAGCAAAAGAAUCCGUCUUAGUAGAUAUUACUGAAGGUAUUAAAGAAUAUUUCAACGCUACAUUAGGAUCUCAACUCUUAUAUAAGUUCGAAAGGCCUCAAUACAGUGAGAUAUUGCAAGAGUACCCCGACACUCCGAUGGCUCAAAUAUAUGGUUCUAUACAUUUGCUUCGGCUGUUUUCCAAAAUGGGUCCAAUGUUGGCGUAUACAGCGCUGGAUGAAAAGUCUUUACAACAUGUGUUAACGCAUAUACAGGACUUUUUGAAGUAUAUGGUGACGAAUAGAUCGACUUUGUUCAAUCUUCAAGACUAUGGAAAUGCUACGCCCGAGUACCACAGGAAGGUACAAUAGUAUUUACAUUGUAGUAAACCGCCUGGUUGUGCUUAACGAAUAAAAAGAAUUUGACAGAAAUGGGUAAGUAAAAAUGACUGCUAUUGGAGCAUUUUAUAAAAGUAUUAGCAACAUGACCCUUUUUUAAACACUUCUGAUAAAGCUAAGAAGUUUUUGGCAUAAAAAUGCUUUAAAUUCAAUGGCAUAUGAUACAAAGUAGAGCUUUUUGUUAAAUGCCCCUAAAGUUAGACCGAGCCAUUUUGAUAGCCCACACUUUCACUGUUAUUUACAGGUCAUAAUUCGAUAGAAGUUUGACGUUUACAAUAAGCCUGGGCUGUCAAAAUCGCUGCGUACUUAGCUUGGUCUAACUCUAUUGCGCUAAUAUUCAUAAGCUGCGUUUCUUUGGAAUACAAACACACACACACACACACACACACACACAGAUUACUCUGGCGCCAAAUACUGAAGAUAUUGGAUUAGAAAAUGUCUCGGAGCAUUUAUUUACAGUUGCUGUCAUAUAUAAAGGAGCGGCUAAGAUGCUCUAAAAAUUGAGAUCUAACGUCUUCGCAAUACGCCUGUAUUUCGCAAUAUGUCUUUAAAUAUUUUUAAAGCCGAAAUUACAUUACGAAAUUUAUGGCGUGAAAUUAAUUUCGUGCCUUUAAUUUUACCAACAGUUCCAAGUGUAAUUUAAUAAUAUAUUUUCGUAAUGCAUGCAUAUCUUGUAAAUCUAGGUAGAUAUUAGCAUGCGAGUCGAGUCUUAUUUGAGUUUUGCAUGCGAUUAUCACGUUUUAUUAUAACCCCAUCUAGUGAAUCUUAACAGCAUUUUGUCCUGCGGUGCAAAUUGAAUGCAUUAGGUGGCGCUACAACUCACUUUGAUCUAAAGAGAAUUUGAAAUAGGGGUGGAUUAUCAAAGACAAUUUUGUAGCCACAGUAAAUUUACUGCCAUCUUUCGACACGUGAUUAAAACUUUUAGAACGCCUUUUGCCUUUGAUCCUUAUUCUUUGAUUGAUAUGUGUUAAAUAUCAAAAAGUGGCGCUUACCAAGCAUCGGCAGGCAGUGGUGCCAUACCUCGAACCGAUGCCGCCAUACCUUUGCCUUUGAUCUAUGAGAUGGCGCCACUUUUUGAUAUUUAACAAAUUUAACACAUCAGUGAAAGAAUAAGGAUCAAAGUCAAAUGGCGUUAUAAAAGUUUUAAUUAAGUGUCGAAAGAUGGCAGUAAAUUUACUUUGCUACAAAGUUUUCUUUGAUAAUACACCCCUAUUUCAAAUUCUCUUUGGUAUUAGUAAGUAAGUAAGUAAAUAUUCUUUAUUGCACCAACAAUUAUACAUUUUACAUACAUGUAGAACUACAAAUACAUUUUAAAGGAAAAUAGAACCAGGUAAGAACAGGCGGUCUUAUCGCUAAAAAGCGAUCUCUUCCAGACAACCUUUAGGUAGCAGGAAAUGUAGAACUAAUACAAAACAUUACAGGUACUGCAAGGAGCUAAAAAUUGAGACUAUUUAACACAAACACACAUACUACACACUACUUAUACAUAUAAGUAUUAAACAAUACCUAAUACACUAAUAAAAAUACAAUAUAAUAUAAUAUAUAUUUAUACUUACAUACAUACAUACUAUAUACAAGCAUGCGAGUCGAGUUUUACAUGCGAUCAUUUCAUUUUAUUAUAACGCCAUCUAGUGAAUAUUCACAGUCUUUUGUCCCGUGGUGCUAAUUGAGUGCACUAGAUGGCGUUACAACACACGUUCAUCGAAUCGAAUCAUUGAAAUUGAAUUUUCAAUCGAUAAGCCACGGAUUCGAAGAAAAGCAAUUUGUUUGAAUAUUAGCAGUUGUUUUUGCCAACUCAUCUCUGUUAUGUUAUAAUUGGGUCAAAAUUCUUUUCGUUGUCUUGUUUUUUGACCCCAAAAAUGUGACGGAGUGUAGCUGUUUGUAUGAGAUGAAAUUUAGUUAUAUAUUUUUCUCAUGGUAAAUGUAAUCUACAGCUAAAAAGACAUGCAAUGGCUCUCGUUUUUUUUUUAAUUUAUUUUUAAUAAAAUACAGAAAUCGUGACAGUGGUCCCAAACAACGGAAAUAAUUUAUACCCAAUUGUUCAACAAAUGUAACCAGAAUAUAUUUUAAAAUUUUAAUUUAAUUGCUGAAAUGAAUUUAGAUCAUACUGUUUCACUACAGAGACAGCGAUAAUCAAUGUUAUGAAAUGAAAUCUUUGUGUCGUUCUCAGCCAAAAGGUACUGAAGAAUUAGCUUGAAAACUGGCAAACUAAUGCUUUAUGUAUGACGUCGUCACAUUUGGGACCUUUCUGUGGUUAAAUAGUACAUUACGAUACAAGUGCGAAAAAUAGGAAAUUCGAAACGAGUGGCGAUAAAUUAAAACACGACCGAAGGGAGUGUUUUAAAUCGACACGAGUUGCGAAUUACCUAUUCGCACAUGUAUCGUACAACGUUUUACAGUACAUAUGGCCCUUUAAAUGUUCGACACAGUAACGUAAUAUGCUACUUCUCGCACUAGUGCUAUAAAGUAGCCCCAUAUGUACUGUAAACAGUUUUUUUAACCUUUUGGUACGGGAACAAGCAAAGCCGGGCUGGUUCGCUAGUUUAGCUUAAGAUUGACUGAAUAUUUGAAGUGAAAGUAUUCAAUGUUGAUAUUGUUGAAAAUGAUUCAUCUAAUGUAAAUGUUAGGACAUUGAUAUUAUAUAUUUGACACGUACAUUUAAGAUCAAAAAUAUCAAUCAGGAUAAAGUGGCAUAAUUAUUAUGUGAACGCAAGCUUAAAUCUCAGUUAUUAUAUUUUUGACUUUAGCUGUGCGUGAAUAGGUUAGGUAGUGUUGUGUAAGUCUAAAAUGUAUCUUAAUUAAAAAAAAAAACAAUAUUUGUGAGAUGUAUAUUUGCGAAAUUUAGUCUGGGCCGAAUAUUUACUUAGGCUUUACAAGUCUUUGUGCAUAGUUUGUGUCAUCCACGAUGACGCGCAGAUAUGUCAAAUCUAACCUUUAAUAACUUGACAUUAUGAGUCAAGGCACGCUUCUUCGUGAAUGACACGAUCUAUAAGUUAUUCUAUAUUUUUCUCUUAGUAUAAUACCGGUAAAAAAACAUGUGGUAUGAGUUUGCCUUGGAGGCAAUUUAGUUAGAAUAAAUAUCUUUACAAAAA